GCUGCUUCUGGACUUCCGCGGGGACCCCAAAGCCUGCUGGCUGUCCCAGGACAAUGUGGCUUCCCUGGGUGAUCUUUAUAGAUGUGAUUCCCGUCUCCCCUGAGGCUCUUCAUUUAGAGAUCAGUAAAUGGUGAUUUCCCUUGUAAAUAACCAUUUCUCUCAGGCUUUUGAGGACUUUUGCCCCGGUUUGGGCAUCAUUUCUCCCAUGCUGCCUCCCCACACGAGGGUCAAAUCCCACCCGCACUGCUGGAGGUGCGUGCCCCCCCUGCACCACCCUGCCCUGAGGGUGCCACCCAUACAGGUACCCCCCAGAGGUGACAGCGCAGGGGCUGUCCCCAGCAAAGCCCCUUUAAGGGACACUUGGGGCGGCCUCGGGAGGCAGGACAUUAAUUUUAGCCUGGAGCUGCGCCAGGGGCAGCUGCUGCGGGCAGGGGGGCCGGUGCCUCCACACCACGUCCUGCCCUGGUCCUCCUACCGCAGAGCCCCAUUCCCUCCUCUGUGACCCUCCACGCUGGCAGCAGAGCGGCCAUGGCCGAGGAGCAGACCGACCUGGAGGAGAGGAUCAUCAUCAAGGACCAGCACACCAAGGAGAUCGACCUGGUGAACAGAGACCCGAAGCACAUAAACGAGGACGUUGUUAAGGUGGAUUUUGAGGAUGUGAUAGCUGAGCCUGUGGGAACAUACAGCUUUGACGGCGUCUGGAAAGCCAGCUACACCACCUUCACCGUCAGCAAGUACUGGUGCUACCGGCUGCUCUCUGCCAUCCUGGGCAUCCCCCUGGCUGUCAUCUGGGGCUUCCUUUUUGCCCUCAUCUCAUUCUGCCACAUCUGGGCAGUGGUGCCCUGCAUCAAGAGCUACCUGAUAGAGAUCCAGUGCGUCAGCCGAAUCUACUCCCUGUGCAUCCACACUUUCUGCGACCCAUUCUUUGAGGCACUCUCCAAGAUCUGCAGCAACAUCAGAGUUGCUCUCCGGAAGGAGAUCUAGGUCGCUACAGCUGCAGUACCCAGCCCCUUGCACAUCCACCCUUCUACACAGAAUUCCCUGGCUCCUGCAGUGUGCCCUGCCCUCAGGCACAUGGACAUCCAUGCACAGGGACCUGCACAGUGCUGCCAGGCCCUGCAGCAGAACUGGAAGUGAGGGAUGCUCUCUGCAUUCAGAAGCAUGCUGGGCU